AUGCUCGGCCAGAUCCUCACCGUGGCCGCCCUUAUGGCUCUCACCCAGGCCAAAGCCAUCGUCACCAACAACUGUCCCUUCACCAUCUACGUCUGGUCCGUACCCGACGUCCCUCAUGGCUCUAGGGCGAAGAACCUCCCCAUCAAGUCUGGUGGUCGUUACCAAGAGCCCUGGCGCCUUGGUAGCGUCAAGAACCCUGGAGUGUCCAUCAAGAUCUCAUCACGUACCAAUGGCAUCUACGACGGUGCUGACGAGAUUGACUUUGCCUACUCCAUCGAUCCCAAGGAUGACUCGAAGAUCUGGGUUGACCUAUCCAAAGUUCGCGGCGAGCCGCCCAAAGUCCGCUUCCAUACCUGCCGUGGCGAAUUCUUCUCUACAAACCCUGGAACCGUUCAGUGUACAGCCGCAGAUGAGGUUGAGCUGGUUCUUUGUGGACCCACUCGCUCGACCCUAGCUACGGACACUGCGUCACUCGAACAGAUCAAAGCUUGCUAUGAUGACAAACACACCGCAAAGAUCGAUUAUACCAGCAGCGGCAGCAGCAGUGACAGCAGCGAUGACGAAUGGUUUGACUGGUGGGAGGCACGCAAACAGGUGCAGUCCUCGAGCGCAUCACAACCCACAGACUCAGUUCCCGACUUUUUUCCCGACGCAGCCUACCGCGACUACCAUGCGGCCCAGGAGAAGUCGGACGUCCCUCAAUGUCAAGCCAAAGUCUUCUACAAGCGGUCUCAACGCAUUGCGGUUCCAUCAGACACAAUGGAGACCGUUCCCGCAGACACAAUGCAGUACACAUCAGAUAACAAGACUCUCGCCUUGUGCAACCUUCUUCAACUGUUCCACCCCAUGACAACCAUCGACUGCGAUGAAGUGGUCAUGAAGGAUCGCGCCGAGAAACUGUAUCCUCGAAUCUGCGACCCUGCAGUCGAACCACUGUUGAUGGGUUUCCCAUGCCAAGAAGUCAAGCAUGAACUCCGAACCAAAUACCUCGAUUCGAGCAUCGAUGCUGCGCAAGAACUAGCUGCCUUGCUGGGAGCCACCGGAACAGCUACGGUUGUGGCAGGCACCGCAACAGUCACCAUUGUGGAAGCCGACGAUUCAGUCACCAUGGUGGAAAACGACUCAACACCUGUCUUGGCAGGGAACGCCAGGAAGAUUGGAGCUAACGCGAGUUCCGACAAGGAAUGCUUCAUGACUCAUUGCGUAGACGAUUAUGAAUUCCCGUCCACGACCUGCGCCACACUGGAGCACAUCGCCCGUAAGGUUCUAGAAGACUUUGACCUCGAUUGGUACAAAGUCUUCGAUGCUUCUUGUCCCAGCCCAGAGCGCGGGCCUGAUGCCACCCAAUUCCGCUACGCCGACGCUCUCUGCCACGAGCACAACAAGGACAGCAAAGUCUGCCGGGGCCUAGAUAGAUUGAUCCGCGACUUUGCGCUGGACUACUACCACAAGGACGUCUGUUUCACUACUGACAAACAGAAGUGUGAAACUUGA